AUGUAUUCAAUAGCAGUAAGUGUCGGAGCAGCUGCAUUGCUCUUUAUUCUCUUGGUUUUAAUCUGCUACCUUGUAAAGCAGCGAAAUCGACAAAAUAAUGAAGAUGGCAAAAGAAGGAUUCAGUCCAAAGCCAGUGUGUCCAAACCUCUGCGUUGCCUUUCUGUGCUUUUCCCUCGUUCCCUUGUUCACUCGCUCCCUGGACCUCCCUCUCUUCCCUUCCUGGGAAACAUGUUCGAGCUUAGCCAAGAUCAUUUGCCCAUAUACCUGACUGGACUGGCUCGUCGAUAUGGGAAUAUCUACCGUCUCCGCUGUGGAAGCACCACGAUGGUGAUUCUGAACAGUAGCGAGAUGAUUCGUGAAGCUCUGGUCAAAAAGUGGUCUGACUUUGCAGGAAGACCACAUUCAUACACAGCUGAUAAAGUGUCAGGUGGCGGUUACUCCAUCUCUCUGGGUGAUUACAGUGAGGAGUGGAAGGCCCACAGGCGCCUGGCCCAUGGUGCUUUGCAGCGCUGUGUUGCUGAGUCUCUUCACUGUCUGAUAGAAGAGCAAGCGCUAUACCUCAAACAGGUGUUACUGGACUAUAAUGAGAAGCCCAUGGACCUGUCUGAAGACUUCACUGUAGCAACCAGUAACAUCAUUACAAUGCUAGCUUUUGGAAAAUCUUAUGAGAAGAGCUCAGCACAUCUACAGGAGAUACAUGGCUGUCUGAAUAAGAUCGUGUCUCUGUGGGGUUCACCAUGGAUCUCAGCUCUGGACUCGUUCCCUCUGCUCAGAAAGUUCCCAAAUGCUCCCUUUACUCAACUAAUGAGAGAGGUAGCUAGAAGAGAUGAGCUCAUUGGAAGCCACUUAGAUGAGGUUAAGCAAAAGAGAGAUAGUAAAGAAGGCCAACAGUUUGCUGCACCCCUUCUACAGUACCUUCAACCACCAGAGGGAAGAGUACCAAAGAUGACUCUGACAGACAGCCAUAUACACAUGACUACAGUGGACUUGAUCAUAGGGGGAACAGAAACAACUGCUGCCUGGCUCAGCUGGGCCAUUGCUUUCCUCUUACAUAGACCAGAGGUUCAGACGAGAGUGUAUGAAGAGAUAAAUAGCGUGCUGAAGGGUCAGUAUCCUCACUACAGCGACAGACACAGACUGCCCUAUCUGUGUGCAGUGAUUAAUGAGGUGUUGAGAUUGAGACCUGUGGCUCCACUUGCUGUGCCACACAAAGCCAUCAGAGACAGCAGCAUUGCAGGAUACUUCAUCCCUAAAAACACCAUUGUUAUCCCCAAUUUAUUUGGAGCUCAUCAUGAUCCAGAGGUUUGGCCUGACCCAAACAGCUUCAGACCAGAGCGCUUUUUGGAGGGAGAUGGGAGCUGUCUCCGGGCCCUAAUACCUUUUGGAGGGGGUGCUCGGCUAUGCCUUGGGGAGUCUGUAGCCAAAAUGGAGAUGUUCCUUUUCACUGGCUAUCUGCUACGGGACUUUCAGUUUCUUCCUGCCAGCCCUGAGGAACCACUGCCUGACCUGCGUGGUGUGGCUAGUGUGGUCCUAAAAGCCAAGCCCUACAGAGUUAUAGCCCGUCCUCGAGCCUAA